AUGGGUGCCUCUAGACAGCAAAAGGAGGAGUACUUCGUUAAGCUGAGGGAGCUUCUCAUCAAGUAUCCCUCGAUCUUCAUCGUCAAUGUUGACAAUGUCGGCUCGAACCAGAUGCACCAGAUCCGUGUAUCUCUCCGUGGUAAAGGUGUUGUCUUGAUGGGAAAGAACACCAUGGUCCGCCGUGCUCUGCGCUCCAUGCUCUCGGAGUUGCCCCAGUUCGAGCGUCUGCUUCCGUACAUCAAGGGCAAUAUCGGAUUCGUCUUCACCUCCGGCGAUCUUAAGGACAUUCGUGAGGUCAUCGUUGCAAACAAGGUUGCUGCACCUGCCCGUGCUGGCGCCUUUGCACCAAUGGACGUCGUCGUCCCAGCUGGAAACACCGGAAUGGAACCAGGAAAGACGUCUUUCUUCCAAGCUCUCAACAUCCCGACGAAGAUUGCUCGUGGUACGAUUGAAAUCGUUUCGGAUAUUAAGGUUGUCACUGCUGGCUCUCGUGUCGGUCCAUCCGAAGCGACGCUGCUUAACAUGCUCAACAUCUCGCCGUUCACGUACGGAAUGACAGUUGUGCAGAUCUACGACCAGGGCAACGUCUUCUCUCCGUCCGUUCUUGAUGUUGAUGAGAAAGAGCUUUUGGAUCGAUUCCUGUCUGGUGUUAAGACCAUCGCUGCGAUCUCUCUUGCACUCAACUACCCGACGAUCGUAUCCGUUACGCAUACCUUGGUUAACGCAUACAAGAACCUUAUUGCUGUUUCUCUUGCUACGGACUACACCUUCGAAGGAGCUGAGAAGAUCAAGGACAUGCUCGCCAACCCCGAAGCAUAUGCAUCAGCUGCACCAGCUGCCGCCGCUCCUGCCGCCGCUGCCGAGGAGACCAAGGCUGAGGAGAAGGAGGAAGAGAAGGAGGAAUCUGACGAUGACAUGGGCUUCGGUCUGUUCGACUAA